AUGGAUGCCUCGUCUUCUCAUGGAGGAGGCAAGCCGCCCACCCUCAUGGCCCUACCCGCUGAGAUCCGGAGUAUGAUCUACCGCGCCGCAAUUCCCACCGACCAGCAGAUUGAGACUCUCGCUUCGCCGCCUCUCCUGAGAGUCAACAAACAGAUCCGUGCUGAGGCAACUCAUCUCUACUACAGCAUGAACACGUUUUGGAUCCACUUGCCCGCAUCUGAAGACAGGUGGCCAGGUGUCCUUGCCAUGUUCCACGCUGCGGUUGAGCGCGGCUAUCUUGCGUCUAUCAGCUACAUACACGUCAUCUUCGAGAUCAAGGUGAAGCAGGCGGAACCCACGGAGGAGGACGAUGAUGAAGACGAUGAUGAAGACGAUGUGCAAGACGAUGAUGAAGACGAUGUGCAGGACGAUGUGCAAGACGAUGUGGAAGACGAUGUGCAAGACGAUGUGCAAGACGAUGUGGAAGACGACAAGUGGAAGACUGCUUUCCUUGCGCUGGAGAUGUCCGACGGUUACCCGGAUUUUCUAGACGACAAGUCCCCCAUGGAGGAACCCUACUUAGAGACUUACGUCGGCAAUAAUGAGACCGACUGGAACGAUUAUGAUGCCGUAAAGGCACUGGUUCGCGAAACUCUUCGACUUGACCCAUAUUUUGACCCAGAUCGGUACGUGGAGGCUUACUUUGUGUGGCUCCAUUUCAUCGAGUUCUAA